AUGCAAAACGACGAUUCAGACACCGAUUUUGGCUCAACUGAAAGUGUAGAAGGUUACGCUGAGAAAAUAUUAGAUUGGAAAGAAAUAUGUUUCUUGCCGUUCAAGAUGAUAUGGAAAACUGCGUUAGUUUUGGUCAUCUUUUUGGAGAUAGUGUUUGUCAGUUACAGUUUAAUGUUCGAAACGAAAGAGGAAACGAGUUAUUUCUUUUUUGGUUAUUAUUUGUUCGAAGUCUUUUAUGCUAUCGAUACGUCGCUAUUUAUCAUGCACAAGUUCCUUUGGACACAACAAAAAAAGAAAACUCACGUCCCAAAACAUUAUUUCACGAUAAUCAUGGAUAUAAUCACCUUAAUUCCUUACUACGAGACUUAUUACUUACUCGGGAGAGCAUCGAAAGGAAAAAAUUACGAUUUCGUGCGAGAUCUUUUUAAAUGGAAAGUUUUGUUUCGGAUUUAUCGAAUCCCAUCGUUUUUCGAAUCAAUCUCAAAAACGCCUGGUUUAAAUCACAUCGCUGCGGAUUCAAUCGGACACGCUGUAUAUUUUUUAUUAUAUUGCACUUUAGGGAGUUGUUUUUGGUACUACCUCGCGUUAAAAAGCCCUGAAAAUAAUUGGUCAACCACUUAUUUAGAGUACCACAACUUUAAUAACGACUCAUCGUAUUCCUGGUACAUCAUUUCGUUUAGUUUGGUCGGAAAUCUUUACGCUCACAAUUGGUCCGGAUUAAUAUUCGCAACUUGGACCGUGGAGUAUUAUUUUUUCAUGGUAACCAUGUUACUUGGUUUUUUAAACCACUACAUGAUUUUAUUCGGAAAAUUAAUCGCGUUAUACAUGAAACGAAUCGACCCCCAAUACCGAUUUUCAAUGAAGCUGUACGUUAUUCAAAAUAUGAUGCAAGAUUGGAAAGUUCCCCCUAAAAUUCAAAAAGACGUCAUCGAAAUUUAUAACUCCGUUUGGGAACAAAGAUCCGGAAUUAUCGAUCGACCGAAAAUGACGGAGUUGUUACCGGAAAGUUUGAGGAAGGAAAUUAAUUUGGAUAUAUUUUGGGUCGCGUUGAAACAUUCCCCCAUUUUUGAUCAUUUGAGUAUGGCUGCGAAACGACAUUUAGGGCUUUAUAUGAAAAGCAAGUUUUUGAUGCCCGGGACUUUUAUUUUAAAAGCUGGGGAAGUUAAAUCGAGAAUUAUUUAUGUCGUUUCUGGUGUUGUUCAGAUGUUAUCCCAAGAAGACCAAUCCUCACCGAUAAUGUCAUUCUCAAGCGGAACAAUUUUAUGCGAAACCGCCAUAUUCCAACCAACAACAAGCGCCGUUUCGUUAAAUUGCGCCUCAUAUUGCGAGAUUCACACCUUAGAUUACUGCUCAUUUUGGAAGAUAAUCCAACGUUAUCCAAAAACAACCUCAAACCCCCUACGAUCGAAAUUCAACGAGCGCUUAAUAACAGCCCGCCAACUCCAAUUCUCAUCCUGGCUCAAAUUAAAAUGGAAAGACCAAAAAUACACGGAUAUUAGAUGGAUAAAAUCGCAAUGGCACACGAUUUCGCAUCAAACCAAAGGAAUCAAAAAACGUUUUGACGAAAAACACGAAACCGUUCUAAUUUACCAUACUUCGAAGUAUUUAAGUUUGUAUGUUCUGAGUGAGGAUGUUGAGUUAAAAGUGAAAACGAUUUGUUUGAGAUCGACGUUUCCGUACAUUUUUGAACCAACGAGUAGUUUUUUAAAAACGUUUGAGUGUUUGGUUUUGGGGGCGAUAAUCGGGCAGUGUUUGUUAUUGCCUUAUAUGUUAUUUUUCAAUAACGUUAUUUCGAUCGAAGUGUACGCGAUUUUUUACGGGUUAGAUUCGUUGUAUUAUUUGGGGUUAAUUUUAGAGGUUACCACAGCCGUCAAAAAAUCGGACCGGAUUAUUUCAACAUUGGGUCAAAUUUUGGUUUAUAAAGGUAAACAUUUUUCGUUUUUGGUGGAUAUCAUCGCCACGGUUCCUUGGGAGUUAUUAGGAACCUCGUCUGCUUACGAAUUAUUAAGAGUUACGCGAUUACUUAAAAUUUAUAAAGUGUUUAUUUUGAUUAGUAAGUCGGAGUUGAACGUGUGGGUGCAUUAUAUUCGGAUAAGAACUUUGAAGUAUUUGGUGAUUAUUUUGUGUGCUGUUUAUUUUUUAUCCGCGUUUUCUUACGGGUUAAUCACCCUCCCGAAGCAGAAUCAAAACGGGUGGUUGUUUUAUAACCACAAUUUGAUUCGGAGGUUAAAAAAUCGCGUUUCUGAGUUGUCUCAUUUUUGGUUAAGCUUCGAGUACGUUUUGACGAUUAUUUUGAGCCAAUCUUGGAGGGCUUAUUUCGCGUAUUCUAUCCAUGAUAUUUUGUUGGAGUUGAUUAUUGUUAUGGCGGGGUAUUUUUUGUAUAUUUUUUGUUUUAGCGAGGUUGGAGCUUGCGCCGCUUUGAGUCACCAAGCCGAAGCUGAUUAUCAAUUUUAUUUGAAUACUUUGACGAAUUUCGCGAAUUUGAAGAGGAUCCCGAAUCAUUUGAGGCAUUUGAUGUACUCGAUGGUGCAAUGCCAGUGGGAGUAUAAUGGGAGGUUUGAAAUUUCUGGGCCUAAAAGCAUCUUGAGGCAACUCCCUGAGUACUUGAGGAAUCAAAUUUUGAUUGGGAGGAUCGUCGGGGUGUUGAGAUUAAUCCCGAUUUUUUUUGAGUGCGAUGAGGGGGUGUUGUUAAGGGUGGCUUAUAAAGCUUCGGUUAAUAUUUUUCCCCCGGAUUGCGUUUUGGUCCAAGAGGAGUGCUUUUCGAGUAAUCUCCACGUGAUUAUGCGGGGUUUUUGCUUGGCUGAGAGCUAUAUCCCAACGGAUAAGUACCACAAAGUUCAAACCCAGCUCUCCAAAGGCGAUUGCUUCCCUUUAUUGGAGAUGUUAAUGUCAAUCGAUUCCUUUUUGAAGGUCACCUCGCAAAGCUACGUUGAAUUAAUCACGAUUUCGCAUAAAGAUUUAAUGAACGCUUUGGAUAGGGAGAGCGAUUUUUACUCCGACGUUUUACGAGUCGUUAAUGAGCAUUUUGAUGAGUACAAAAUCAUUUGGAGUAGGCAAAAAGGGCGGUUACCCGAGAUGAUCUCCCCUGGGAAAUUGAACGUGGUUAAAAGCGAUUUUUUUAGCUACGAGGUUAGCGAUCAGUUGGAGAAGGAGUGGGUCAAAACUUACAACUUGAUGGUUUGGAACAAAUUGGGGAGUGGGAAAUUUUUGAGGCACUUCUUCUUCAAAACGACGAUUAAUCCAAAAAAGAAAUUCUACGUCGCUUGGGAGUGCUUUCGUUGCUUCAUCUCGAUCGCCCAAAUCACUUACUCCUUAUUUUUCGCCAAAAAUUUCCCCAAUUUCAACAAGUACAUAAUCUACGCGUUCUUUUUGGUGGCAAUUUUCGACUUUUACAUCCGCUCUCAUUGCCAAUAUUACAAUAAAAAGGGUGUUUUGGUGACGCACCCUUUAUACACGAUUAAGCAUUACAUUUCAACCUCGUUUUUGCUCGACUUAUUUUGUUCUUUGCCCUACAGCGUUUUAGAGCUUGACAAAUUUUUCGGGAAGCACCGGAAUUACGGGUUAUUAUUCCUGAUGAUUCUCACCCGCCCUUUAUUGAUUUACCGCCCAAUUUCCGGAGUAUCGUACCUCCAAAACCAAUCGACGGGAAACGCGGUUUUGUACCACAACUUCCGCUACAUCAUGAUCGUCGUCUUAUCAUUAGGAGUAGCCACCGCGUUUUUAGAAGGAAUAACCUGCCCCGACACCAACAUAAACGGCACAAUUUGCUCCGAAGACACCUGGAUUUACCGCGACAUCUUCAAAACGAAGCAAUCCUUCACAAUCACCACAAUCAUAUGUUAUUACGUCUGCAUCUCGAUUUUCACCUCAAGCACGGUGGGGCUAUUCGUUUUUGAGCGCCGAACUCACAUAGUGUGCGUCGCCUUCCUCAGCUUCGUCUUUUUAGCGAUCCGCUGGUUCAUGCUAGCCAAAAUAACCUCCUCCCGAAUCGGGGGAAACACCCGCUUAGUCCACUACCAACACAACAUGAAAGAAUUCCUCCGAUUCUCAAAAAAAUACUACCUAAACCAAACCCUAGUCAACGAAACCGUCUCUUAUUACGAAUACGUGUGGAAACGCACCAAAGGGAGCUCAAUCAACAAGAUCUUACCCUCAUUCCACCCAGUUUUGCGCUCAAAAUUAUGCGCCGACUUCUACGAACCCACCAUGAAGCUCAACCAAAUCCUCAACAACCUCGAAUUAAGCGCAGUGAAGCACAUCACCCCAAACUUCACGGAAUGGCACUACAAAAAAGGAGCCGACAUAAUCCGCUGUAACGAUGUAACCGACACAAUUUACAUCGUACAUAAAGGAAGUGUCGAAAUUAUAAUCGCAAACGAUCGAUUAGCCGUUUUAACCCGCGGGGGGAUGUUCGGAAAUUUUAAUCCAAAGGGAAAAACGCGACUCACAAUCACCGCAAAGGCUAAAAUCCACGUCGAAUUGUUAGUUUUGGACGUAAUCACCUUCUACAAAGCGAUCUCGCGCUACAAAACCGCGAUAAAUCGUUUAAAUAAAAAUCGAUUAAUCAACUCGGAGUUUAUUCCCCCCAUUUCUGAAUCGACCCAUCAUAAAUCGGAUCAAAAAAUUUCUACUAGUAAAGUGUUCGAGACUAUCGAAGAAAUUAAUCGUGAAAAAUCGUGGUGGUUAAAACUUUUAACUUUUACGAUUAAUUCGGAAAAUAAAUACAUCUUUUUGUAUUAUUAUAUCUUAAAUGUUCACCUCUCGAUUAUUUCGUCGCUAAUAAUGAUGACGUUUAUUGUUAAAGUCGGGAAUUACGAUAUAAUGAAUUAUUAUUAUGUUGGGUACAUCAUCGAUGUGAUCUUUUUGGUGAAAAUGAUUUUGAAGAGUCACACGACUUUUAUCGAUCAAGAUUCGGGGUUAAUCGUGAAUCGGUUUGCGAAGAUUUUGAGGAAAUAUAUUUCGAAACCGAUGUUUUGGUACGAAUUGUUCACGAUGGUCCCGUUCGAAUGGGUUUAUUACGUCGUUGAAAACGAGCACGUUUAUCGGUAUUCUUGGUUAAAUCGGAUUUUUAGAUUUGGGUUUUUGAUUAAGUAUUAUAAUAAUUGCAAAAAUACGUUGACGGUGAGCAGGCAUUUACGAUGGACCUAUUUGGUGUAUUCUAUGAUGUUUUUAAUUCAUAUUAAUGUUUGUAUUUG